CUGGCCAGAUCGGACAACCCUAACCCAGACCCUAACCGCAGACCUCCUUACGGACUGAGAGAGAAGCAAGGAGAUUCGGUGCCCGUUCGCAGACAUCCCACAUACAUACUAAAACGCAAGUUCACUAAGUGCAACGAGGGAAGCUUUCCGAGAGUCUCCACUCACCGAAAAGGUCGCGCCAAUGUUCAGAAAGUUCAACCCCCGGGAGGACAUAUCCGGAAAGUCAAAGGUCAAGUCGUCCGUACAGCGUGCCAUCCGGUCAAAGAUCCUGGAACAGUAUCCAGCACUCAACCCAUACGCGGACGAGCUGUUGCCGAAGAAGGAGCCGCUGAUACUGAUCAAGUGCCAUGACCGGGUCAACAUUGUAAUGCAGAAUGAUGAAGUGCUGUUCUUCAACCACCACGACGGGCCGUACUACCCAACACUGAAGCUGCUGCACAAAUACCCAGACAUCAUGACAAAGGUACAAAUAGACCGAGGCGCCAUCAAAUUCGUCCUAUCGGGAGCAAACAUCAUGUGCCCGGGUUUAACGUCAAAGGGAGGGCGGUUAGGAGACGAUCUGGAGGUGGAUGCGCCUGUGGCUGUUUUGGCGGAGGGAAAGGAGCAUGCUCUGGCGUUGGGGGUGAUGAAGAUGAGUUCUAAGGAGAUAAAAUCGGUGAAUAAGGGCCAUGGAAUCGAUCUGGUGCAUUAUCUCAACGAUGGGUUGUGGAAGAACCGCGUUGAGCCGUAGACUAUUGGGUGGACGGACGAGAGUUUUGUGUCUUAAGUUCGCGCUAAAUGAAGACAUAUGCCAGACUGCCUACUAGCUACUUUGCGUGAACCCACGCAAAGACCAGAUGGACGUAUUUGUACGUACUGUAUACUAAACGUAUGGA